GUCGCCAUUGGUCGCUGGCGGAAGGACGAGGUCAGGUGAUCGACGGAUGGGCGGAGCUUCCUCAGCUCCUCCGCUGUGAGAGCGGUUCUCCGGGGCCGGACGCGGGUCUCCCCCUUCCAGGGUCCGACAUCGUCUCCGGCGGGGGGCGGCGCGCGGGCCGAUUCAGCACCGCUCGAGUGGACAGAUCACGUCCCAUUCAUCGCUCCGCGCUCGUGCUCGCGCUCGAUGGGCGCGAUCAUCCUCAGGGCAGGGUAGCGCGCCGCCGGGGCUGAGGGUGUGAGCCGCUCCCGCUGCCGCUGCUGCUGCUCGUCCCGUCCGCCGCCGGAGCCGUGCCCGACCGCCAUGGCGGAGUGCGGCCGCAGGGCGCUGUCCCUGUCCCUGCUGCAGGCGGCGCGCUCCCGCUACGAGAGCCUGCAGAUCUCGGACGACGUGUUCGGCGAGUCGGGCGACGACAGCAGCGAGAACCCGUUCUACAGCACGUCGGCCGAGUCCGACUCGGACAGCGGGGGCCCGGGGGGCGGGCACGCGGGGGACGCGGCGGGGCGCGCGGGCGGCGCGGGGGCCGCCGGCGCCGGGGAAGCUCCCCGCCACGCCGCUCCCGGGUCCGAGAGCCCGGCCGAAGAGGAGAAGGGCUGGAGCGACGCGCUGCGGGACACCACCGUCCCCGCGUACAAGGAGACCUGCGGGCCCACGCAGAGGAUGCCGACCACGGCCACAGCCAUGGACUUCUUCCAGCUCUUCGUGCCUGACAACGCCAUCCAGAACAUGGUGAUGCAGACCAACAUGUACGCCAAGAAGUACCAGGAACGCUUUGGCAGCGACGAGGGCUGGCGCCCCGUGACAGCGCAGGAGAUGCGCGCCUUCCUGGGCUUCGUCAGCUCCACGGGCGUGCACCGCUGCGAGUCCGUGCUCAGCAUCUGGAGCGGCGGGUUCUUCGGCAACAAGAGCAUCGCCCCCAAGAUGAGCCAGGCCCGGUUUGAGAAGAUCCUCAAAUACUUCCACAUCGUGGCCUUCCGCUCCAGCCAGGGCAGCCAAGGGCUGUACAAGAUCCAGCCCUUCCUGGACUCCCUGCAGCAGUCCUUCACCUGCACGUUCCGGCCCUCGCAGACCCAGGUGCUGCAUGAACCGUUGAUUGAUGAAGACCCCGUCUUCAUCACCACGUGUACAGAGCGGGAGUCGCGGAAGAGGAAGAAGAGGAAAUUCAGCCUGUGGGUGCGGCAGUGCACCACCACCGGCUUCAUCUGUCAGGUCUACAUCCACCUUAAGGAGGGCCCAGGUCCAGACGGUCUGGACACGCUGAAACACAAACCACAGCUACACAGCAUGGUGGCGCGGCAGCUGUGCCAGAACCUGGCAAGUCAGAAUGCCAUCAUCUUCACGGGGCCCAGCAUCACCAGCCUGAAUCUGUUCCAGGAAUUUGAAAAGCAGGGAAUCUACUGCUGCGGGCUGCUGAGCUCCAGGAAGAGUGACUGCACGGGCCUUCCCCAGUCCAUGCUCUCGAACCCUGACAUGCCGCAGCAGCGAGGCCAGUCGCAGAUCAAGAUGAAGGGCAACAUGUGCCUGAUCAACUGGUACAACAAGGGCAACUUUCGCUUUCUCACCAACGCCUACUCGCCCAUCAAGCAAGGGGUGAUCAUCAAGAGGAAGAGUGGCGAGAUCCCAUGUCCGCUGGCGGUGGAGGCCUUCGCCGCCCACCUGGGCUACAUCUGCAAGUACGAUGACAAGUAUAGCAAGUACUUCAUUUUCCACAAACCCAACAAGACGUGGCAGCAGGUGUUCUGGCUGACCAUCAGCAUCGCCAUCAACAAUGCUUACAUCCUGUACAAGAUGUCGGACGCCUACCACGUGAAGCGCUACAGCCGGGCGCAGUUCGGGGAGAGGCUGGUGAGGGAGCUGCUGGACCUGGACGACUGUUCGCCGACGCAGUGAGGGACCAGGGAGAGCAACACUCGAGUGCACAGACACUCACACACACACACACACACACACACACACACACACACACACUCACACACGGUCACACAUGUGCACUCACACAGUCGCUCAGUCCAGUGUCGUUGUCUUCUCACAUUUGUUCACACGCGUGAACACGUACACAAUCACAUAUUGUCACUAUCUGUCUCUCUUUCCCUCACACACACGCACACACACACACACCCAAGCAGCCAAGGCAAGCCUGGCCGUUGACACAAGGCCCAUGUCUGCUGUCGAACAGUGGCGCAAUCCAGUGGGCACCAGGUGUGAGCGAGCCAGGAGCACUAGAGCUCUUCCACACGUGGAAAGCAGGUUUCUAUGACUGAAUGGACAUGGGAGAAUGUCCAAUUCAUUCUUAAAGGGAGAUUCUUUCAGAAGCCCUUCCUAAAAAACCGCCAACGUACACAUGCCAUGCGGUAACCUCAAUCACUGGUUGCAUGAUGAAGCGUCCAAGUAACGUAACGUUUCUGCUUUAAAGUCAAAGUGUUUUGUUUUCAACUACAGUAAAUCUUUUGUAAGUGACAUUUUUCGUUUGGAGGGAUGCAAUGCCCACCUCCGUCUGUACAGCAGUGGCAUGUAUAUAGCCAGUUUCCGUACGGCACGAUGUCUGUACCGUGUCAUCUCACCGGGGGCGGCUGUCCGCGCAAUCAAGGUCAGCGAACAGCAACUGUACCAAUAUGCAGUAUCUUCUCCCCAGAGUGAAACAAUGACGGGAAAUGGUGCACUGCACAACGCAGGUGAAGGACAGCCCAAGUGUCCACGGCUGCCUAUCCUUAUGUCAGAAUAUGAGGAAUGGCAGGUGGCUAUGUAGUGCAAUGACCACCGGCGACUCAGUGGCUUUAGUCGGCCUAAGGCAGCACAGCCGCAGCUUGAUCUUCUGCUGGUUGGGUUUCACACAUCUCUUUGCUCCAGGAUAGAACUCCUCAGAAAGGGUUUAGUCACAUUAUUCUCAUAAAAAAAAAAAAAAAUAAAGGAAGAAACCACUUUAUGAGAUCAGUUUCCUUUAGAUGAUUUCAAAAUAAAUCAAAGUCAAGUCAAAGUGAACUUUGUCACUCUGCUGUGGAUGAGUUAGACAUACAGGGGAAUGAAUUUCGUUUCUCUUGUACCUCUAUACCACAUAAAACAAUAAGACAUUCAGUAUCGUGCUAGACAGUGCAAAUACAGUGCAGUACACGGAAAUUAUGCUAUUCUUAUAUAAUAUGCUGAUCUCCAGGUAAAGCAAGACUCCUUCAUGGACCUUUACCAGGAGAAGAGAAGGGUUUGUUUUGAACCUCACUGCCCAUUCACACUGAUACAAAGUGACUUUUGGAAGUGCUUCUCAUUUUCAUCUCUUUUACCUAUCAGCCCACACAAAACGUAGCCAAGGUGUCGAUGCUGACCUUUGGCGGUGAACCCCAUCUUAGCAUGGUUGUUGUGUUGUCCCCUCAAGUCUCUCAGUGAGGGGUCCACUAUACAGAAUAAUCUCAUUAAGGUCAAGGGAAAUGAGCAUCAGCCAGUUGGAGACAAACUUUGAGGGUUGUUCAGUGUACCUGGCUGUGCUCACCUUCCAAACAAGUCAGUUUUCCUUCAUGUGCUGAUAUGAAAUGCAGAGUUGGCUGUAUGUUCAAUCAAGUGAAAACACUGUGAAAAUACGAAUGUUGACCAAGGGAGCUGAGUUUGUUGCAUAUUAAAAAAAAGUUUGCAUAGAGUGUUGAGGUGGUGUAGAUGGCUGUGUAUAGAUCAUAAAGUAUUUCUAUCUAAAUAUAUAUCCAUAUUACACAUUUGUAAUUAAGAGGCACCGUGGAUGAUGGUAAUGUAAAUAGCCACUAGGAUUAAGACUCAUGAUUGUAUUUUUUUCCCCCUUUCCUCCUUUGAAUAUGCGUGUUUGUGUUCGUCCCGUGAUCCGUGUGUCCCCGUGCGAUUAUGAUCUCAGCUCGUCGUGAAACAGACCUCUUUGUUUACCGUCUGGGAAGGAAUUCACAAAAAGCCAUUUUCACUUAUGCAUCAAGUGAGCAGUGUUUUCCAGUGAAAUAAAUGGGAGCCCUAAAUAUGCAUCCGCUACCAGAGUGAACGUUAAAUUUCUUGGAUGCAGCUAAUAAUAUGUUUUAGUAUCUUGAAUGUGACAAAUCGUAAUCGUGUCCUACUAUAAACAACUACAGACAGCGACAUCUUUUGCUAGCUUCCUGAAAGGAAUGGGAAGUUAAAGGUGUGUAA